GACUUAAACGCCCUCCACGCUCUCUCGGGAGCCUCCGCCUCUGCAUCUGCCCCCGACACUCCCGUCACGGUGGUCUUGGUGAACAAUGGCGGCGGCGGCAUUUUUUCCUUUCUUCCCAUCGCCCGGCACGCGGACGUCUUCAGUCCGUACUUCGACUCCCCCCACGACCUCCACUUCGGGCCCAUCACCCAAGCCUUCGGCCUGCCCUACCACCUCUGCAAGUCGGCCGGGGACCUUGUCGCAGCACUCCACUCAUGCCAAGCGGGAGGCCGCUCCUCGCUGAUCGAGGUGGUCACGGAUCGUGCGCAGAACGUACGGAUCCACCGACAGCUCGGUGCCCAGAUUCGGACUACUGUCCACGCCGGGCUCUCCCAGUUGCUUCGUCUCGACUGGAUCCGCACGGGGCCCCGGACCAAGCCGACUCUCUUGCUCUUGCACGGCUUUUUGGGGUGCAAAGAGGAUUGGACACCCCUCCUUUGGGAGGCAGGGGGUUGUGCGAGCGCCAGCAAUGCUGGGCUGAGUUGCAGCAGCAGCAGCCCCAAUACCAUCGUUGGCGUUUCGGGGGGAAGUGGGGGAAG